AUGCUUAUAAGCAUAAAAAACCUAUGUAACAGUAUAUAUAGAUUAAAAAAUAUGUCUGAACGUUUUCUAUCACCGUUCCACGGCGGCAUCGCAGUAAACUAUUCUGGAAACGUAGCCAACAUUAAAAACCCAAAACUCGAAUUCUAUCCAGGCUCGUGUUCAGUGAAACAUGGACUGCGGAAGGAGAUCGACAAUUUCUUCCACAAGUCCAGCUUCCACGGAAACCAAUCACUCGAGGAACGAGUCAACACCUGUCUGAGCAUGGCCGAGGAGUGUAUUAAGCCCGAGGAGCUGUACACCCUCUUAUCAAAGAAGGACUACGUUCCGCUCGCCUACGACGGAUUCGAGCCCUCCGGAAGGAUGCACAUAGCCCAGGGUCUCUGCAAGGUGGAUACGGUUAAUACCAUGAGUAAAAUUGGAAUUAAGAGCGUCAUCUGGAUAGCGGACUGGCACGCAAUGCUCAACAACAAGUUCGGAGGAGAUUUGCAGAAGAUCCGGGUGGUUGGGGAGUAUUUCAUACAUAUAUGGAAGGCGGCCGGAAUGGACACGGAUUCCGUGAAGUUUCUGUGGGCAAGUGAUGAGGUGGACAAGAACCCGGACUUGUACUGGAGAUUGGCCAUGGACAUCAGUAGAAGCUUCAACAUCACGAGGAUGAAGAGGUGCAGCCAGGCUUUGGGGAGGACUGAGGGCGACGACCAGCCCGCAGCGCAGUUACUGUACCCAGCGAUCCAGUGCGCGGACAUAUUCUUCAUCGGAGCUGACCUGUGUCAGCUGGGAAUGGACCAGAGGAAGAUCAACGUGCUGGCGAGGUAUUUUACGUUCCUUUUAAAUUUCCGCAGGGAGUACUGCGAAAUCAGGAAGAUCCCGGCGAGUCCAAUAGUGUUGUCCCACAGGAUGCUCCCAGGGCUCCUCGAGGGCCAGGAGAAGAUGUCCAAGAGUAAUCCGAACUCGGCGGUGUUUAUGGACGACAGUGCAGAGGACGUUUCAUCUAAAAUUAAAAAGGCCUUUUGUCCACCCGGUGUACUAGACGGGAACCCAGUUAUUGCGUACUUCAAUUCAAUAGUGUUCAAGAGGUUCCCCGCAGUGACAAUUGAGAGAAAGGAAAGGGACGGAGGCGACGUCACCUUCAACUCACCCAAAGAGUUAAACGACUGUUUUGCCAGUGGCUCACUACACCCAGCUGACUUAAAAAAUGGUCUUAUCAAGUACUUAAAUUUAAUGUUGCAGCCCAUAAGAGAUUAUUUCGAGAAUAAUCAGGAGGCUAAAAUGUUGGCAUUGAAAGUAAAGCAGUUUCAAUCCGAAAAAAAAUAA